ACGAACUCAGAACUAACAAUCCCUCAAACCAAAAAAAGCUUUGAGAUCACUCCUCUCUUUCUCUCUCUCUCUUUCUCUUCUCUCUCUACUGUGACGAAUGUUUGGAGAUGAUGAUCAAAAGUAGUUAGCCCCAGGAAGAACAAGAAAAUCAAAUGAAAAAUACAGAGAAAAAGACAGCUCCUCUUCCUACCAGAAGGGGAAGAGAUCCAGUUUUCUUUCUCCAAGGACAAAUCCAUUUCACCCAACCCCAAUUACUCUAACAAAAACCUAAUUCUCAACGUAAAGUUUCUCUCAAUGUCGUCUUCCCCUUCCUUUCUUUCUCUAUAUUUCCUUCCCUCUCCCCUUCCCCUCAUCUCCACUGCUAAUCUUCUUCUUCUUCUUCUUCUUCUCGAAUGCAGCCAUCUCGCCGCAAGCUCUCUCUCUUCUCUUCAGAAAUGGCCGCGAUGAAGCCUCGGAAAAACAACAAUCUCUCCAUUUUCGCCGUCGUCCUCUCCGUUUUCCUCUUUGGGGUUUUCAUGUACAACGAAGACGUCAAAUCCAUCGCCGAGUUCCCGUUCUCCAGCCCCAAAACAGAGCACCUCCAAGAACAGGGCCCAAAACAGAGCACCCCUGAAAUUGACGUUUCAGUGAGUUCAAGAACCCAACUCGAAACAACUCAAGUGGAUAACCAGGAAGAAACCGAUCAAUCCGAGAAUCUCAAAUCGAUUAUUUCCAAAGAGGAAGAAGAACAGAGCAAUCAGAAGGUGGAGCAAUUGCCUACGGCUGAAGAAGAAGACGACGACGACGUUGAAUUGCCCCCUGAAGAGUGCGAUUUGUAUGAUGGGGAUUGGGUUUUCGACAACGCUUCUUAUCCUCUGUAUAAAGAAGACGAAUGUGAGUUUCUCACUGCGCAAGUUACUUGCUUGAGAAACGGGCGAAAAGACUCCCUUUAUCAGAAUUGGAGAUGGCAACCCAGAGAUUGUUCUUUGCCCAAAUUCAAAGCAAGAUUACUUCUGGAGAAACUGAGGGGGAAGAGGCUGAUGUUCGUGGGCGACUCGCUGAACAGGAACCAGUGGGAAUCCAUGGUUUGUUUGGUUCAAUCAGUGAUUCCUCCGGGGAGAAAAAGCUUGAACAAGACUGGUUCCCUCGCCGUCUUCAAAAUUGACGACUAUAAUGCUACGGUGGAAUUCUACUGGGCACCGUUCUUGGUGGAGUCAAAUUCGGAUGAUCCGACGAUGCACAGCAUUUUGAACCGUAUCAUCAUGCCGGAGUCCAUCAACAAGCAUGGAGAGAAUUGGAAAAAUGUUGACUAUCUAGUCUUCAACACCUACAUUUGGUGGAUGAAUACUUUCACCAUGAAAGUUCUGCGAGGAUCGUUUGAUGAAGGAUCAACGGAGUAUGAUGAAGUUGAUCGACCAGUAGCGUAUGGAAGAGUGUUGAACACGUGGAUGAGAUGGGUUGAAGAAAAUGUGGACCCUAAUCGUACCACUGUGUUUUUCAGUAGCAUGUCUCCUCUUCACAUCAAGAGCUUGGAUUGGAAUAAUCCAGAUGGGAUAAAGUGUGCAAAAGAGACGAUGCCAGUACUAGACACGACAACGCCGUUGGAAGUUGGCACCGAUCGCCGCCUAUUCUAUGCGGCUCUAAAUGUAACACAGAUGAUCAAAGUACCGGUCCACUUCAUAAAUAUUACCGCCCUCUCCGAGUAUCGGAAAGACGCCCACACCUCCGUCUAUACCAUCCGCCAGGGCAAGAUGCUGACCACCGACCAACAAGCCGAUCCCGCGACAUAUGCCGAUUGCAUCCAUUGGUGUUUGCCCGGCCUACCCGACACGUGGAACGAGUUCAUCUACACACGUAUCAUCUCGUAGUCAUAACAACUCCAUACCAUUAUACACCUCUUUUUCUUCUUCUUUUUUCUCUCCCUCUCUUCACUCUUUCUGAAAGCUUUUGUAUAAUUUCCUCAGAUUUUCCUUUUUCUUCCUUUUUUUUUACGUUUGAGUUCGUGUAAUUUUUUUAACGUAAGAUUAAAGAAAACGAUAAAAUUGAUAUCCCAA